CCAUCUGCCUCCUGCACCCCCUGACCCAGAGGGGAUCUCAGGGACCGGGAGGAGGUGCUGGAUUUUCCCGGAGCGUCCCUGGCUGCGGGCAGUGCUUGCACUCCCUGCUGGAAUGUGAGGAGAAGCUUCCCUGGCCAGGCACCCUGGGGCCUGUGCAUGUGGCUAUUUUAGUCCCUCUUUUUAUCACACACUCCUCCCUGUGGAAUCUGCCCAAUGAAAACCUUGCAGCCUUGGCUCCCAGAGGCAGUGGGAGCUUUGGAAGGUCCCCUCCCCAGACACACCAUGGCUGCACGGACUGUCCCCCAUGCCCACCCCAUGAGCUCCGAGUAUGAGUUUGCCAAUCCCAGCAAGAUCUACGACCAGAACUUUGGAGAAGGUCUGUCCCCAUGUGAGAUUUUAGCCCCUGCCCUCUACCACGGCUACUACAUCAGGCCCCGGAUCAACAAGCAGCUGGACAGAGGCAUCUCUGAGGUCAACCUCAACGAGCACAAAUUCCAGGUGUUCCUGGAUGUCUGCCACUUCCUGCCGGAUGAGCUCACUGUCCGGACUGUGGACAAUCUGCUGCAGGUGAUGGGACAGCACCCACAGAAGCUUGAUCGCCAUGGCUUCAUCUCCCGAGAGUUCACCAGGACCUACAUCCUCCCUUUGGAUGUGGACCCCUUGCUGGUGAAAGCCACUUUGUCCCACGAUGGUAUCUUAAGCAUCGUGGCUCCUCGGACGGGGAAGGAAGUGAAGGCCAAAAUCAACGAGGUGAAGAUCACCCGAGAGGAGCAGCCAGCGGGGAAAGAAGAACAGUCUGGGGAAGGAAAAGGGAAGGAAAAGCCCUAAAGGCUCCCAUUUGGGCUUCAGCAGGGAGGGAGGGGGGAGAGGGAUGGAGAAUGCAUGGUACCUGAUCCCUAUUUUUCAUCAUCAGUUUUAGCAGGGCUGUGAUGCAGCCAGGUAUUUGCCAGGCUUUUGCUGAUGGCUGGGAAAAGGGAUUUGGAACUUAAAAAAACCCAAACCAAACAGAGGGGGACUGAAGUGUUAGUGUGAGGGAUUGUAAUGUUAGUUUUCUCCCAGGCCAGGGGCUCACUGAGCACCAUGCAGGCUGCUCUUCUCUCAGCCCAAAUGGCAAAGGUCACUCUUACACUAAACUGUGAGGCUGUGUCUCAGAGGGCUGUGGGAAGAGGGAAGAAGUUUUUCCAGUGCCUUGGUUCUGGGCUGGUAGCUGCCUUUGGUGUCCUGGAAGGUGCUUGUUGGGCUGUGAAAGUCAGAAGGAAAGAGGAAUAAAUCUGCCCCUGCUUUUCUCUCGUA